AUCGCGUUUUUAGUAUUUCCCGAUGGAUUGGAUAAGACAACUGAUCGUAUGUAAAAUGGUUGAUUAGUCACCUGUUAACUAAUCACAAUUCCAUUCAGUAUCAUACCCUGAGUAUUAUAAUAAUACCACAUUAUUGGCCUCAGGCCAGCAUAAACAGAAGUGUGGCAUUGAUGACGAUUUCCACAAGCUGAGGAAAAAUCUGACGUAGUAAAUAGGUACAUACAUUGAAGGACAUUAUCGAAUCUAAUCUAUUUUGAACCUUAUACCUACCUGGAGAUAAGCCACCAGUUUACCGCAUAGUCAUCCCAACUCUGUCACACUGUAAGAGGGCGUUUUGCAACAAUGGUAGACCUAAAGAAGAUAUCAAAAAACCAAGUUAAAAAUGUGGCGACCGGUGAGGUUGUUCCAUUGGAAAGUCUUUGGAAAGACCAAACAGUGGUAAUUGUCUUCUUCAGGCGUUGGGGUUGCCUACUCUGUAGAGUUUGGGCAAAGGAAGUAUCAGCCAUUGCUGAUAUCCUGAAGCAGCACAAUAUUAAGCUUAUCGGCGUUGGCGUAGAGGACUUUGAUGCCCAAGAAUUUGUUGAUGGCAAUUUUUUCAAAGGAGAACUUUACGUGGAUAUCAAUAAGAAGACUUAUGCUGAUAUUGGGUUCAAACGCUACAACUACUUUUCUGUAAUCAAGUCUCUGUUCAGUAGCGAGUCAAGAGCUGCAAUAAAUAAGGGGAAGGAAUUGAAAGUGGGCGGCAACUAUAAAGGAGAUGGGCUACAGAAUGGUGGUGCACUGGUUGUGAAACAAGGAGGGGAACUUUUAUACUCUUUCAAACAAGAUGGACCUGCUCAGCACGUUAAGAACUCAAAGUUUUUGGAAGUUCUGUCCAUUCCAGUCCCAGAAAAUAUUGAUGAGCAGACUGCUUGAUUUUCUUUUAUAUCGUUGAUACUCAAAAACACUUGCUUAUAAUGUACUAUAAUGAUUUCCAUCAAUAUCUCCCAUAAUGGUUUAGUAAUUUUUGAUUAACCAAUAUUAUGUAAUCUGCACAAUUAUUUUAUAAUCAAUUCUAAUAGAUGUAACAAUAAUUGGCAAAAACGAGAGAUAAUAUAUUUGCUCAACUAUGGUAUUAAAAAAUGGAGUUUCAAAAGUUAUGUGACAAAGGUUGUGAGAAUUUAAGAAAUCUAUGUGCCUGUGAGCAAUGCGAAUUUAUACACGUAUUUUAUAGAAAAACAUUGAUGAAUAUUACAAAAAACAUUAUAUUAUGAAAUAUUAUCAAAA